AGUGCUGUAGAAUAUAAGAAAUCUGUAUCGACGUUUCCCGAUAUCUUAGCUACAUAGGUGCCCGAUCAAAGUUCUGUGAGUUUCUGAAAUACUCCAGAGGCUUAUUUUUUCGCGUCCACCUUCAUAUUGGACUUCAAUCAGGCACAUGCGAGCAUAGUCACAAUCUAUUUCCGGCAUCAACGCGUGACACCCAAAUACGGAGGCAUGCCGGACGCAGAGCGAUCUCGGUGUCGAUCGAUGAUGGGCUACACUGAAAGGAGACUUUGGUCUCCUCAGCUCCUGGCCCUUGUCUUGCUCCUCUCAACUCGGGUAGAGGCAGUUCACCACAGAGAAAGGACGGCAGCAGCUCGGAAGAUGCACAGCAGCUACAAGUACAGAGCUUCAGGUGGAAGGGCAGCAGUGCAGCAUCAGCAUGUAGCACCUGCGCAGAAAGACUUUGUGUACAUCUAUGACAUGCCCUCAGAGUUCAACGAAGACCUGAGGGACCUGCCCGUGCAGUGGCACCCAGAACAGUACGACUAUGACCAGGUGUUGCACCGGCACUUUCUGAAGAGCCCGCUGCGGACGGACGAUGCUGACAAGGCGCAGCUGUUUUUCAUCCCUGUGUAUCUGGGGCGCCACUACAACUGGUUCUGGCAGCAGUGGAGCACGCCUGGCAAGGCCUGGGAUGUGGCCAAGGACUGCCAGCCGCACCACACCCCCUCAGAGUGCUUCUGGGAAAAGUGGACUGGCG